AACUUACAUAUACACUCGAAAACUAUUUUAUCAACAAGCAAACAAUAGGUUCUUUCAAAAAACAGACGAAGUACAUUAAAAAAAUUACGCUCUUAUAAACUGCAAAAGGAAUCCAUGUGACUUUAUACGAUAUAUUACUUAUGCGUGCUUAGCCCCACUAUUGUAGUUGGUGUCUGAUCGUAUAUUUUGUGGAAAAAGACCAGGCGUUAAUCUUGCCAUACUCGGGUGCUUUCCAUUUGAGAAUCAAAAGAAAAACAAUGGUGAAAUUUCCGUCUCUGUAUAUAUUACUCAUAUUUUUUUAUGCAGCCGCACAAACUUUGGGAAAUGAAACUGAGGAUCAACGGAAUGAUGGUUUAAUUACGAAUAGAGUUGGUGCUGAAUCUUUGCUACACAGGCUAGUUGAAGAUGGGCAUAGACCAAUAUAUGAGAAUGGAGAUGAUGGGGCAAUAAUGAAAAUGAGUCGAAAUGUUGAUGAAAGCAGAGCGGAGGAAAGUAUAUCAAAGUGUGAAAAUUUUUCAGACAAUAUAGGAGAGAUGAAUUGUAAUGGUUCAAACUUCCAUUACACUUGCUACCAAGUGACCGGCAUACAUUACGUUGGACUCUAUAUUACCUUUGACAUACGUUAUGAUGAUUACUUCUUUCGCGUGAAAAUGACGAUGAACGAUAAUCAAUUGACCAAAUAUUUCAUGAAUGGCAGCAUAGCAAAGUUUAAAAGUGGAAUUCGGGGCUUACCGAUUGUGACAGCUAACAUCUAUGAUGUCGUCGCAAAUCCGAGUUGCCGACAUUUCUGUGUUGAUGUUACUACGACUAUAAGAUCGAAAUUUAUCGUGAGAAACAUUGGUUGUUUUAUCGACUAUUAGUGUCGGAAAGCGCCACCACCACCACCACCACCACCACCACGAUGGCGAUGGUCAUGAUGAUGAUGAUGAUGAUGAUGAUGACGACGACGAUGAUGAUGACGAUAAUGAUGUCAGAGACUACGAUAAAAGACAAGAACGUCGAUUAUGAUGAUAAGAUGCGUUCAGUCUUAAGAGAAAUCGUGAAAACAAGACUAAUGGUGAUGCGCGUUGUUGGUACCAUCAUGUUUCACCAUUGAAAGUCCCUUGUCCUCCACUCUGUCUCAUCAUCACAACCGUCGUCGUAGUCGUCGUAGUCGUCAUCAUAAUCAUUGCUGUUAUCAUGUUCAACACACAACACGAACGCAUACGUCAUGCAUCCACAUUAACAUAUUUGUGGGUGCGCUUGUAUGUGUUUGUGUGUGUGUGUUGGCAGCUGCAUACAUGCAAAUAUAUAUGUGUGUGUGUAUAUGUAUGUAUUUAUAUAUGUAUAUAUGCAUGUAUGCAUGC